AUGUCUGGCCGGCGCUUGCUGGACGUCAUUCAAUUACUCAAUGUCUCGAAGACUGUCGCCGUAAAACAUUGGGCUAUACGUCAACGUCAGCUAGAUGUCUACACUCGGACUUCGUCGCUCACCAAGGGCAUCAAGGAACAGACCGAAGGGCUGAUCCUGACCGCACAAGCCGCUGCCGCUCUCGCGCGUCGAUUCGAUGAAACAUCGCCACCUCCUCCAACCUCCCCGUCACCGUCGUCAUCCCCCGAUGUCUCCGCCGACCCAUCGGCCGACUCUGCUCGCUCGACUAGCUCCCAGCUUGCGGAAAAGAUAACCACCCCCACAUCGGACACCACCCGCGUUCAUGAGGAACCUCAGUCGGAAUUCCAGGUCCCUUCAGAAACCGCGCAACAUACUGGCACUGAGAAUCCCUCCGACUUGAAUAUCAGUAAACAACAGGAUGUUUUCUACGAGCCUUCGCUACAGACCGCGCCGGACACAUAUUCGCUGCCGCGCGUGACAAUUCCGCAAGCUGCCGGAGAUGUUCAGGCCGGGGGAGGUGAUGGGUUAAACGCCGACGUAUUCCAUGCGACUACUGGCCCCGAAGUGAAAGCUACACCCGUGGAACAGCAAGAGAUUCCGGAGGAGAUGAUGCAAGAUAUUUUUCAAAGCCCACGGGUGUCUCGAUUGCUUGGAGGGAAAUCCAAGCCCAAACGCGACUGGCUUGCAGAGAGAUACGGCCCUCGGUCUACUCCGCCAAUUGCGACUUUGGCACCGAAAUCCCAGGCUCCAUUGAAGCCCGAGGAGAAGGAAAAUCAGAAACUGGCCGCCAGUGUUGCGGAGGAGGUCAUCGCGCCAGUCGCGGAGGUAGUGGCCAAGGAGAAGGCCGUGCCUUACCAGAUGAUGGAAUCGCGCGUUCCCUCUUCUCGCCUUGGUAGAUUGUGGCAGUAUGGAGGGUUGGCAACAUCAAUGGCUUUUGGUGCCGUGAGUGAAACGGUCCGCCGAGCCACGGGAAGCCAAGAAAGUGGCUCUAUCAUGUUCAGCGCAGGCAAUAUGGAACGAAUGGUAGCCAAGUUGUCCAAGAUGCGAGGUGCCGCUCUCAAGCUGGGUCAAAUGCUAAGCAUUCAAGAUUCAAACAUGCUGCCGCAGCAAAUCCAGCAAGUCCUGCAGCGUGUCCAAGACCGUGCCGAUUACAUGCCCGCCUCGCAGCGUGACAAGGUACUGGCCGACAACCUCGGUCCCAACUGGCGAGAUCUCUUUUCCUCGUUCGACGAGAUCCCCAUGGCAGCCGCUUCGAUUGGCCAAGUCCACGCCGCCGUCCUCAAGCGAACAGGCAAACCCGUCGCCGUGAAGGUCCAAUACCCCGGCGUGGCAGACUCAAUCGACUCCGACUUAAACAACCUGUCAAUCCUUCUAACCGCCUCUCGUCUGCUUCCACGCGGCCUAUACCUCGACAAGACCAUUGCCAACGCCCGCGUGGAACUCGGCUGGGAAUGCGACUAUCUCCGCGAGGCCGAAUGUAGCGCCCGCUUCCGCGACCUCCUCCACGAAGACCCCGUCUUCGUCGUCCCAGAGGUCAUGCCCGAGGCAUCAGGCAAGCAAGUCCUCACCAUGGAAAUGCUCGAAGGUGUCGCCGUGACCAAAAUCCAAGAUUUCACCCAGGACCAACGCGACUGGAUCGGCACCCAAAUCAUGCGUCUGUGUCUGCGCGAGAUCACCGAAUUCCACUACAUGCAGACAGACCCCAACUGGACCAACUUCCUCUACAACGCACGCACAAAUCGUCUCGAGCUCCUUGAUUUCGGCGCCUCGCGCGCGUAUCCUGCCGAGUUUAUCUCGACCUAUGUGCAGACUCUCGUCGCGGCUGCUGGUAACGACCGAGUCGCGUGCCAUGACCUCUCGGUUAAACUGGGUUACCUUACUGGCCUUGAGUCUCAGGCUAUGGUUGACGCGCACGUCUCAUCGAUUGUCACCAUCGCUGAACCGUUUAUGCAUUCCUCGCCUGAUCUGUAUGAUUUCCAGAAUCAGACUAUCACUGAUCGAAUCCGUGCGCUUAUCCCGGUGAUGAUUCGGGAACGUCUUGCACCGCCUCCCGAGGAGACGUAUAGUUUGCACCGCAAAUUGAGUGGUGCGUUCUUGCUGUGUGCGCGGUUGGGUAGUCGUGUUCCCUGUAAGGAGUUGUUCGCUGAGGCUAUCCGUAAGGUGGAGCUGAAGGAAUUGCCUGUGGGUGAGCAGAAGUAG